GAAGAACGACAAAUGUCUCUCUACGAACAAUCUCUCGAGUUCUCCUCGAGCACGAGAAGUUUUCGAAACACGGAAAGUGAAGAGUAGAGCGAUAUUAUUUUUACACUCGGCGAUAAUAAUAAAAGAUCGGAUCACGAAGUACCGAUACGAAUCGUUAAAGAUUAUCGAUUAUUACUACGCGGUGUUUACGAUGCGGACCGACGAAAGAACGGUGAAAUAUCGUCGUACGUUGUGAAAGGGACGUCGAUCCAUACAUGCCUCUGUUCUUCCCUUCGCCACGAUUCGACCAGUGAAAACAUCGUCGCGGCGGGCAACGAUGGAUCUCAGUACGACGCCGAGAAGAAUAACGGAGGGUGUGGCAGACCUUCAGAAGACCCGCGUCGCGAAAAGCGUCUUCAGUAUCCGGAGUUUGGUCGAUGUCGGGGACACGGAUCUUUCCGAGGUCGAAGACAACGAGAAGAUACAAAAUCAUUCGAUACGAGGAGGAGGAGGAGGAGGAGGAGGCGGGGGCGAGCAAGCUAUCCCGCAGACAAGUCCUGCGAGCAGCACGAGCAGCUCGAGCCAGGUGAAUCAGGUGAGCCUACAACAGGUGAGCCAGCAAGCUCACCAACAACCGCCACCUACUACGACAACACCUCAAUCGACUCAAAUGGGAAUCUCUACGGAAGAGGUGAGAGCCGAGGAAGAGAGCAACCACCCUAGAGCAGCGCCGACCAGCCCUGAAAGCGAGACCGAGGUCGACGACUUCGCACCGAAAAGGAAACAGCGCAGAUAUAGGACUACCUUCACCAGCUUCCAAUUGGAGGAACUCGAGAAAGCUUUCUCGAGAACUCAUUAUCCCGACGUGUUCACCAGAGAGGAAUUAGCUAUGAAGAUCGGUCUUACAGAGGCACGGAUACAGGUUUGGUUUCAGAAUCGACGCGCAAAGUGGCGGAAACAGGAGAAGGUCGGGCCCCAGGCACCUCCGUACAAUCCGUACUUGGGAUCGAGUGCGCCUCCAGCGUCGGCGGGCGUCGCGCCGACCUUGCCGAACCCUUUCGCCCACCUGGGCACGUUUGCCCUGCGGAAACCGUUCGACGCGUUUCGUUACCCACCUCUGGGUCACGGGCCGGUCCUCCCCGGUAGUUACACCGCUCAUCCCUAUCAUCGCGCGCCGCCACCUUUGCUACCACCUGGGAUGCCCCUGCCUUACACGCCCACGGCCACCGUGGGGCUGCCCGACAUCGACAGACGAACCAACAGCAUCGCCUCCCUCAGACUCAAGGCCAGGGAGUACGAGCUACACCUCGAGAUGCUUCGCAAAAACGGGGAUCUCAUCAGCUGAAGAGUUAGUCAUCUUAGAUUCUUAACGUUUAGAAAAUCCUUCGCUUUU